AUGGCCAGCCGCAAGGGUUUCAUCACGGACGUGGAUGUGAGGAGUCGGGACAACAACCUGGCCCACCGCACCAGGGAGAUCGAUCGAGAGCGUUUGAUCGUCCGCAGAGGUCAGCCCUUCUCCAUAACGCUGCAGUGCUCCGACUCUCUGCCCCCCGGACACCACCUGGACCUGGUGCUGCACCUCGGUAAAAGAGACGAGGUGGUGAUCAAGCUUCAGAAGGAGCGAGGGGCCGGAGACAAGUGGUGGUUUAGCCAGCAGGGAGCUCAGGAUGAAGCGCUGCUGACUCUGCACAGCCCAGCCGACGCCGUCAUUGGCCAGUACCGUCUGGCUGUGCUGGUGGUGUCACCAGACGGACACAUCGUAGAGAAGAUGGACCGAGUCAGGUUCCACCUGCUGUUCAACCCGUGGUGCAAAGAUGAUGUGGUGCACCUGCCCGAUGAGCGUCUGCUCCAGGAGUACGUCAUGAACGAAGACGGAACCAUUUACAUGGGAUCCUGGGAUCACAUCAGCAGCAUUCCCUGGAAUUACGGACAGUUCGAGGACGACGUGAUGGACAUCUGUUUUGAAGUCCUGGACAACUCCAAAGACGCCCUGAGAAACUCACAGAUGGACGCUGAGCGCAGAUCUGACCCCGUCUACGUCAGCAGGACCAUCACUGCCAUGGUGAACUCUGAAGGCGACAGGGGCGUGUUGGCCGGACGCUGGACUGAGCCGUACUCUGAUGGAGUGGCCCCGUAUCGAUGGAACGGCAGCGUGCCCAUCCUCCGACAGUGGAGCACGGCCGGGGUCAGAGCGGUUAAAUAUGGCCAGUGCUGGGUGUUUGCAGGUGUCGCGUGUACAGUGCUGCGCUGUCUGGGAAUCCCAACGCGCCUCAUCACCAACUUCGCUUCAGCCCACGAUGUGGAUGGAAACCUCUCCAUCGACUUCCUGUUCGACGAGGAGCUGCACAGCCUUGAGAGCAGAAACAGGACCGACAGCAGCUGGAACUUCCACUGUUGGGUCGAGUCCUGGAUGAAAAGAGAAGAUCUCCCCAGAGGAAAUGACGGCUGGCAGGUUUUGGACCCCACCCCUCAAGAACUGAGCGACGGUGAGUUCUGCUGCGGUCCGUGUCCAGUGACGGCCAUCAAGGAGGGAAAUCUGGCCGUGAAGUACGACGCUCCGUUCAUAUUCGCUGAGGUGAACGCUGACAUCACCUACUGGAUGGUCCAACCAGACGGCCAGCGCAAGAAGGUCAAAGUGGAUCAGAGCAGCGUGGGGAGGAACAUCAGCACCAAAAGUGUUUAUGGAGACCACAGAGAAGAUGUCACGCUCCACUACAAGUAUCCUGAAGGCUCCAGGAAGGAGAGGGAAGUGUUCGAGAAGGCGGGUCGUCGGGUCACCGAGCCAACCAAUGAGAGCACAGAACCAGGACAACUGCAGCUGUCAAUCAAGCAUGCUCAGCCUGUAUUUGGGACGGACUUUGAUGUGAUUGUUGAGGUGACGAAUGACGGAGGCAAAGAUGCUACUGCUCAGCUGACCAUGCUGGUGAUGGCUGUAACGUACAAUUCGCUCCACCGGGGGGAGUGUCAGAGGCAGACGACCGCCGUGACUGUCCCGGCUCACAGAGCCCACAAACAAGUGCUGCGUCUGCACUACGAGGACUAUGCCAGGUGUGCCUCUGAGCAUCACCUGAUCCAGGUGAAGGCUUUCCUAGACGCUCCGGGGGAGAGCGAACCCGUCAUGACUGUGGCCAACAUCCCACUGAGCAUGCCUGAGAUCCACGUACAGGUUCCUGGGAAGGCUGCCAUAUGGGAGCAGGUGACAGCCUUCGUCUCCUUCACCAACCCUUUACCGCUUCCCCUGAACGGGGGCGUGUUCACUGUGGAGGGGGCCGGCCUGCUGUCCGCCUCUCAGAUCCACGUCAGCGGAGCUAUUUCUCCAGGCCAGAAGGUUUCUAUGAAGCUCUCCUUCUCUCCCACGAGGACCGGCGUCAGGAAGCUCCUGGUGGACUUCGACUCCGACCGGCUGAAGGACGUGAAGGGAGUCGCCACGGUGGUUGUUCGCAAGACCUACAGAAGAAACUUCCCCGUGAUGGCUUGAUCGUACUGAAAGACCUUUGAUCAGAAACCAGCAUAGCUUUUGGGUUUGGGUUCUCUUUGUCUACUCUGACUACUGGUAUAAGGCUUCUUUAUUAUCAGACAAUGAGUGUUUUUUAGGAAACACCACAGACGUCAGUGACAGUCGAAGCAUGUCAAAGGUAAAAACAGCUCCUACCUAAAUACUCACUGUCUGAUAAAGAAAAAACUACUUCAUACCAGCAUAUCUUUAGUUGGGUUAAUGUGACGUCCUGCUGGAAGAGGAGCAGGAAGUUUGAGUAACUGCGAAAAACAUGAGGCCAAAAAUGAACAACUUUGGACUACGUAGAUAAAAGACACCUGAGCACAGAUCCAGCACACGCCCAGCCUUCUUCCUUACGUCUGGAGAGGAAACAGCCUGACUGCUCUGAUCGGACUCCAUCAAACCUGUUCUGAAAAAAUAUCAACUGCAGUCCCUCCAGAUGUGGUGCCGCUGAAACAAGCCAAACGCUCACCGUCGCCGUAUUCUGUGAACGCUGUUUAAAUGCAGUGUUUUUGUUUUAACACCACUAGAGGGCGUGCAUGACGCUUGUAGCUUCCAGGUGGUCACCGUCCACGUAGUUUAAAGCUGCUGUAGGUGGAGUCACAUGGCAGGAAAACCUUCUGUUUCAUUACAAGUGUGAGUUUCUUUGUGUCUUCUGUCCUCCUGCUGUUUGUGUUGUUUCUGAUGAUACUGAACUCGUUUGUUGUUCUUUUACCCUUUUGCACUGUUUCCAAAAAUAUAAAAAGUCAAACUAUGAUUGGAAGAAACUGUAGCUCUGCAUAUUCUUUACCUAAAAUGUAUGUUUGAUGUGCACACUUUGAUGUGAAUAAAGGUUCAUCACAAGCA